AUGGAACUAGUGUCCCUGUUAGGAGCUGCAGCAUCAGCUAUAACUGUUGUGCAACUAUGUGCAGACUGUCUUCAUCGCUUGGGUAGACUGAAGGAUCGUUACAAGAACGCUGAUCUCUCAUUGCGACUUCUCGCAACCCAACUUUCUACCCUCCUGACUGCCUUACGCCAAAUCUCUCGGUUGAUAGACGACAGUCAGCGCGAUAUCAUUUCUCAGAUUGUUCCAGAACUGAUCACCUCACUCGACAGCUGCAAACUCUUGAUUGAAACAUUGAACAAUCGCCUGGCUCGCCUGGAGCUUUCUGUAGACAAGGGUUUGACUUUCAGAAAGAAGACCCAGGCACUAUGGGGCGAAAGAGAAAGAAGCGAUUUCUCAAACCUGCUGGGUCACAAUGUCGCUGCCCUUCAGCUCUUACUUACUGCUUUGCAAUGUCGAUCCCAGUCCGAACAAAUGACAUUAUUAGAGCAAUCAGCAAGUCGCCAGACCAUAUACAGAGCAAGAGAUGAGACGUCAUCUCUAUUGUGGUUGCACGAUGACGAGUCCCAUGACACGCGUAGAAGUGUCUGCACUCAAAAUUCCGAAUUGCUUGACUUGUCUUUUGUUUUCGAUCAAGAAGUCUUUAGUUCUCGAGCUUAUUUUACAACAAUGAAGUCUAACAUGAAAAAAGCCGUUCUAUCGGCUCAACUCGAGGCUCAGAACAAGCGUGAUACUCAGACAGAGGCUCGCUGGGCUUCACGUGACAAUGAGAGCCUGCAACGAGGCGCUGGAGAAGGUGAAGCAAUGCAUGCUAUGAAUGGCUCGCUAGGAACGGCGCUCCAUGGUCCAGUGGUGAGCGAUUUACACCGACCCGAGCUCGAUGGUGUCAGCUUAAGCCCGUCAGUCUUGGAUAGUGACGAAUACACCAGUGCAUCACUGUCCCCACAAACAACGACGACAUCUGAGGAUAAAGGCCGCCGGCUGGAGCAGACUCAGCAUAUCACUAGAAAGCUAUUACGUAUGCCUGAUUCCUUAAAGCCUCGCAGCUCGAUGUCUCUAGAAAGUGACUCUCAACGAAAGAAGUCUGUUGAAAAAAAGCUGCUUUUGGUUGGCAAUGCAAAAAGUAGUGGACAGGUGCUUCUGAGGUCUAUGGGCCUGGCGUAUGGAGAGACCUCUCCGGGAUUGGAGAGUGAGGACGGAAGCAUCAAAGAAAGCAUCAAAGAAACUAUCUUCUCUAGGAAAUCCACGUGGAUGCGCCACCGGUAUCGAGUUUUCAAUGUCAUUGGGCUGCACUCUAGGGAAAACAAAUGGAUCUAUUCAUUUGAACGAAUGUCGACUAUGAUUUUUGUCGUGGACAUCUCAGCCUAUUACGUCUUCGCUUUUGAUGACAGGCCCUUACUCUGCCUUCAGGAUGAUUUAGCAUUGUUCCAGCAGAUAUGUGCCUCCAAAUGGCUCGAAUUGACACCCAUUCUGCUACUUAUGAGCAACACCGACCUUCUGGCCGAGAAUAUGAAGAAUUAUCCUAUACAAGAUUACUGGCCGGAAUAUAAGCACCAUGCAACGGACCUAGAAGAUGCGAAAACCUUCUUUCGCGGGAUGUUUCUGCGUCUCAAUCAGAAACAUAACCUGCGCGUCUGGGUGCUGUUUACAGAGAGCCUCGUCAACGUGAAACUCGGCAAAGCGGUUAUGGCGAACGUUGACAAAAUGAUCACGGAGGGCAAAGUAUUGGCCUUUGGUACUUAA